AUGGCCACCCUACUCAAGACAUCCACAGAGAUCCAACAGGGUAAAAACAAGAAAUCCAAAGAUAAUGCAACUGCUGGACCUAGCGAGGGGUACAAACCCAGAAAAGACAAGACCUUGAUGUUAUGUUCAAGAGGUGUCACACAACGUAUGCGACAUCUAAUGAGGGAUUUGGAAGUACUGUUACCCCAUACUAAGAAGGACUCAAAACUCGAUACCAAAUCGUCUUUACACCUAAUCAAUGAGCUCGCGGACCUUCACUCAUGUUCCAAUACCCUCUAUUUCGAAGCUAGGCGACACGAAGAUUUGUACUUAUGGAUCUCGAGGACACCUAAUGGACCAUCGAUCAAGUGUCAUGUACAGAAUAUACAUACGAUGGACGAGUUGAAGAUGACCGGAAAUUGUUUGAAAGGGUCAAGGGGUUUGGUGACUUUUGAUGGUGCUUGGGAUGGUGAUGAGAGUACCAAGUUGAUGAAGGAGGUUUUAACUCAUACCUUCAGUGUACCUAAAACCUCAAGGAGAUUAAAACCUUUUAUCGAUCAUAUCUUACUUUUCUCUUUGUUGGAUAACAAAAUCUGGUUUAGGAAUUAUCAAAUAAUUGAGAAAGACCCUCUCACUCCAUCCGGUCCACCCAUCCCAUCUCUCGUCGAGAUCGGUCCACGAUUUGUCUUGACCCCCAUCCGUAUUUUCGAAGGGUCGUUCGGUGGACCCACGCUAUACUCCAACCCGGAGUUUGUUUCUCCCGCAGCGACCAGGGCGAGCAUCAAGAGAGAGGCGGGACAGAAAUACCGAGUCAGGAAGGAAGGUGAGACUGAUAGGGAGGAGAGGAAGAAGAGGUUGAGAGAGGAGUUACCUGAAGACACAUUGAGUAGAAAGAAGGUCUUCGCGUAG